AUGACUGACGAAGAGUUACAAAUAUUUUGUCUAAUAGAGAUAGAGAAAUUGCUACAGGCCAAUGGAAAAUCAUUAAGAGAUUUUGCUGGUAUACUGCUUCCUAAUGUUAAUUUGGUCUCACAAUUUAGUAAUUCUAUGGUGUUGCGUGAAUUAGAAUAUGACAUUUCUGUGAUACUUGAAGAACACGAUUCAAAUUUUUCAAAGUUGAAUGAAGAACAGAAGUCAAUCUAUGAUAGGAUUAUACAUUGUGUUACUAACAAGGAACACGGGUUGUUUUUCAUUUAUGGGUUUGGUGGGACUGGAAAAACUUUUUUGUAUAGACUCUUAUCUGCCAUAUUGCGUUCUCAAAGAAGAAUUGUUAUUAAUGUUGCUUCAAGUGGAAUUGCUUCAUUAUUGUUACCUGGUGGUAAAACAGCUCAUUCUAUGUUUGGUAUCCCAAUUGAAUUGAAUGAAGAUACUAUUUGUAGAAUUCCGAAAGAUAGUCCUAAGGCUGAUUUAAUUCGACUUGCUGAGCUGAUUAUUUGGGAUGAAGCUCCAAUGACUAACAAGUUGGCAUUUGAAACUUUAGACAGAAGUUUUCGAGACAUAAUGACGUCGAUUUCAGUGUCUAACAAAGAUCUACCUUUUGGAGGAAAAAUCAUUAUUCUUGGAGGUGAUUUUCGACAGGUUUUGCCUGUUAUUCCUAAAGCUUCUCGUGCUGAGAUUGUUAUGGCAUCAAUCAAUUCUUUAAUUCUUUGGAAGCACUUUGAAGUGUUGACGUUGACAAAAAAUAUGCGGUUAGAAAGUGCUACAAAUCAAUCAAAUCUGGAUGAAUUGAAAAGGUUUUCAGAUUGGAUUCUUCAGAUUGGAGAAGGGCACAAAGCCAUAUUAGCUCCAACAGUAGAGAUUGUUGAAGAAAUCAAUGAUCACAUUGUUCAAUUACUACCUGGGACAGAAAAAGAGUAUCUAAGUGCUGAUUCUAUAUGUGGUAGUGAUGCUUAUUGUGACGUUGAUGUUGAUUGGAUAAAUACUGAGUUUUUGAAUCAAAUAAAAUGUUCAGGGUUACCGAAUCACUCAUUGAAAUUGAAGAAAGGUGUGCCUAUUAUUUUGUUGAGAAAUAUUGAUCUAGCUGGUGGCUUAUGCAAUGGUACUCGCCUUAUUGUUAGAGAUCUAGGAACAAAUGUGAUUGGAGCUGAAAUUGUCUCAGGGAGUCACAUUGGAGAUAAAGUUUUCAUUCCUCGGAUGAAUUAA